AAAGAAGCAGGGCUGCCACCUGUUUCUAAUGAAAAUACUUAUUUAAGAUUUAUGCAUUUUUAAAUGUGUCUGAAUGAUGUUGAAAUGCUCCCUGUAAACAGAUCGUUCAAAUACAUUAGAUGGUUAAUAAUAGUGAAAUAUCAGGUUGACAAUUUGCAAACAAAUCCGUUAAAUACCUGUACAUUAUUAGUUAAAACACUAGAUGGCGCGCCAACAUUACACUUGAGUUGUACAAUCUUUUGCCUGCUUCGCGUUCGUCUCUCAGCGCAUGCGCAGCGCCGUUCUUUGUUGUCACGGUCCAAAUUUAUCCCGGAAUAAGGACAGCACGCAUGUGCCGUGAACCCGGAUGUAUCAAGACUUGAAUUAAGAACAAAAGCGACGGGUUGAAAAUAUAUAAGGAUUCUUGCUGAGUAGUAAAGGAUUUAAAGCGUUCUGGUCGGGGUAAAGUACUUGUGCUCGGGUUAGAUGAUUGAUCAUUAUAAAUAACGUGUUAAACAACAACUAUUUCCAUGCAUUUGACUUCUGUUACGCAAACGUUCUGUCGUAUCCAUGCACGAACAUUGGUAGCAACCGUCUAACAUCAAAACUACAAGUAUAACACGCUUCGUAUUCCGCGAUGCAUUUAAUACACGUCUACGGCAAAAAGUAUGAACGCGGCAGCAACUGGUCCGAACCAGAAGUGCUUGAACUUUUGCAAAUCUGGUCAGACGUGACGGUCCAAACCGAGCUGGUGACAUGUCUCCGAAACCAGCAUGUUUUCAACCGGAUCGCGAACACGCUUCGACAAAAAGGGAUUAAUCGCACCGGCGACCAAUGCAGAGAGAAGAUCAAGAAGUUAAAGUUGGAAUACAAGCAAAAGACGCUGAGAUCCACGCGUUAUUAUGAACUUAUGGAGAGAGCGCAAAGUAACCGCUCCGCCGCAUCCUCUGGCACUUUUCCCGUAUGGGGCGGUCCCGUCACGAGCCAGGUGAUCGGGGUUCAAGAUGCUGCUGUAGGGUCAGAGGUCGCGGGCAACCCGCCCAGAGCGGGUGAGAUACUGGAGAUCAAGACGGAGGUCUUGAGCUCGGAUGAUGAAGCGGCGGGUCCACCCGAGAUGCUGUACGAGUUCGGACCCGUGGACGAUGAUGAUGAGGGUAAUGUUGACAACAAACACGCGGGUCCGAACGUACAGGAACAGACGGAAUUGGAUGGGGAGCAGGGAAACACGCAUAUGGUGUGUUCCCCAUCAGAUUUUAGUGACCAGAAUAUGACUGGCUCCUCCGGUGCGGGUGUAUCCCCGGCAACUGCUCCCAUGGCAAUCAGAGAUGGAGAUAGCCAUGGCGACCAAGCAGGGCACAGAGCUUCCGGAUCGUUCCUUCAGAGGAAGCGUCGCAGGGUGGGACGAGGCAGCGAUGGGGUGUUGACGAAUGCUCUGGCCGGGUAUCUGAGCUGGCAGCAGACAGCAGAAGAGCGCUUCCUCGCUCUGGAGGAGGCACGGUUGCGCCAGGAGGCGCGGGCUGAUGAGAGAAGGGAACAGCAGGAGGAGAGAAGAGCAAAGCAAGAGAGAGAACACGAGUUUCGUUUGAUGUCCAUGUUGACUAGAGUUUUGGGCUCAACGGAGACGACGGAGGAUGACCAAAAGCCCACUACUAGUGUGGCGCCGGUCACCAACCCUUUAGUUUCACCCAGUUCCUUACAAACGUUGUUUCCUCAGGCGUCAUUCGACAGUGCCAAAGCACCAGCCACACCCAGCAUGCUUUUGGGUGAUCAGACACCCCAGUGCAGUCCAUACCUGUCCCGUCGUGGCAACAACAUGCGAAUGCAGCAGGGAAUCUUGCAGGAAGGCUACGUCCAGUAUCACGCCAACAGACACGACGAGAACACAAACCCAAACGGCAUCAUCAACAUGGGAACCAGUGAAAACAAGCUUUGCUUUGACCUCCUCCAGAAACGGCUGACACAGCCCGAUAUGCUUCACAUUGAGCCGGCUUUCUUACAAUAUUCCGACUGGAAAGGCCACAGCUUCCUAAGAGAGGAAGUUGCAAAGUUCCUAUCUGAUUAUAGCUGUUCUCCAAAUCCUCUGAAAGCUGAGAACGUUGUUGUUUUAAAUGGUUGUGGCUCUGCCUUCUCGGCUUUGGCAGCUGUGCUUUGCGACCCAGAAGAUUCCAUUCUCAUUGCCUCUCCGUUCUAUGGCAUUAUAACGGAGGACGUGGGAUUGUACAGCAGUGUCAAACUCCGACAUGUGCCACUCGACAGUCAGUCCACAGGAAAUGAUGUUAGACCGUUCCAGCUAACUGUCGAGAAGCUUGAGAAUUCUCUCAAGGAGGCGAAUCAAGAGGGAUUAAAUGUCAAAGCUCUUAUUUUACUAAACCCCCACAAUCCACUUGGAGAACUGUAUUCAUCUGAUGAAAUGACCAGCUUUCUAAACUUUGCCAAAACGCAUCAGCUUCAUGUGAUUGUGGAUGAGAUUUACAUGCUCUCAGUGUUCAGCGAGACGGACGCGUUUCACAGCGUUCUCAGUUUCAACGGGUUGCCAGAUCCGCGAAGAACCCACGUUUUGUGGGGUGUCAGUAAGGAUUUCGCUAUGGCAGGGGUACGAGUUGGUGUGGUCUACACGGAGAACAGGGAUGUGGUUCAGGCUUUGGAUCAGCUGGGAUGCUUCCAUGGAGUCCCGGGACCCACACAGUACCAGAUGGCCCAACUACUCCGAGACAGAGACUGGCUGAAUAAAGAGUUCCUCCCCGAGAACAGACGUAGACUGAGAGAGGCUCACAGCUACCUGACAGAAGAGCUAAAGCAGUUGAGAAUUCCUUUCCUGAACAGAAAUGCAGGAUUCUUCAUCUGGGCUGAUCUCAGCAAGUAUCUGAGGGAGAGGACAUUUGAAGAGGAGCUGUCUGUAUGGAGGCGUUUCAUCAAGCACAAGGUUCUCCUCAGCUGUGGUCAGUCUUUCAACUGUGUGUCACCAGGAUGGUUCCGGAUCGUCUUCAGCGAUCAACAGCAUAAACUCAAGCUAGGUAUCCAGAGGAUCAGAAAGGCACUGGAAGAACUUCAGGGUUCCACCUUAAGUGAGGUGAAAGGAUGCAAACAAGAUGACAUAAGUGGGUCCGUGAGGAGGGAAGACACUGAAAACAUAAAUCACGACACGUCAGUCGAAUCCUCACGCACACAAAGCCAACAGCCAUUCGACAUAAGCUGCAUAAAGUCAGAGCCAGUCUCAUUGGCUGACGAGGAGUUUGUAUUUCUUAACGGCGAAUCCGCUGACGGCUCAGAGAGUCUGGGCUCGCUGAUCGGUACUCUGCGCCAGCAGAUCCACGGCUCUGAUUGGCUGGAGAAAAACAAGCCUGAACUAGCAGCUGGAGAGGACCCAGCACGAUUGGAUGUUUUUAUAGAUCUGUUAAACAGAGCAAGGAAGUAGUGUGGUAUGAUACAGUGUCACUAUGUGUUCUCUUUAAGUACAGGUAUGGUCUGUAAUUCCAAAAAAAAAGACACUCGGGACCCCCACAAUUGUAAAUGCAUUGUGAAUUCAUUUGUGUUGAAUCACAACAGUUGUAUAUCAAAGUUUUGUUUUUUAUGAACGUUGUUUUAAUCAUAAAUAAUUAUAUCUUCACUGUCACAUUGAUUCAAGAGAGCUCCUUUUAUGCCUCAUGAUUCAAUUCUUUCAAUUCUUUUAAAGCUGUCGUAUCAAACAAUCAAAUUUCGCUUGAGCUGUUACAAAAAAAUAAGAGUAUUGUCAAGAGUUUGUUUUGUACUCUAAACGUCCUCCCUAUUACAAGAUUUUAAAGGUUGAAAAAAAUGGUUUGGAAAUCUGAAAUUUAUUGAUAUUGCUGAACUUUGCGCUGUUCCUCACAUAUAGAACUUGACUGUAUGCUCAUCGUAAAGUUUUUUUAUUUUUGUGUAUUUUAGUCUGAUCUAAACAUUUUCAGAGACACAUUAAACGGCAGAUUGUUGAAUCUGUCACAACGUAAAAGUUUUAUAAAUACAAACUCCGAUGUCUGAGCGGCGUUACAUAAAAGUCUUAAAGGCACAGUGGCAUUUUUUUUAUGCUAAAGAUCAAAAACAUGUGACUAUUUUAGCAACAAAAGAUUUUAAAUUUUAACUGUCAAAUUCUUGAUAUAUGUUUUCAGUUAUGGGAUAAAAAGUGAAUGCGGUUUAGAUUAAAAAUGUGUUUAUUUUGUCUUUUUGACACUUAUCUUUACAAGAUGAACUUGUUCCAUAAAUGCCUUGUAUUUUGACACCCAGAUGGAUGUUAUCUUUACUUUUCAGUUUAGGGUCAUGGCACGUUUGAUAUUUUCGUGGUUGUCGAGUGUUAAAGGGCUCCUUACUGAAUAAAUAAGUUAAAUCUUACAUUAAAAUGUUUUAUGUUAAAUUAGAUUUUCCCAGCUGUGUCAUGUUUGUUUUCUGUGAUCCUCAUUAUUUUUUGUCUCUUUGCGAUUAUCUGGGAACAGCUUCUGUUGUCCAAAAAUCAUGAGAGGACAGCGGAACUGGUCUCAGAUCUGUGACAAACCACGAGCCACAGGAAGUAACCAUUUGCAGGGUUUCCUGUGAGCCCACCUUGGUUGGGGAGAAGGGCUGUUUUAUUUCCUUUGUCGUUUACUGUGACGACACAGCAGCGACCUUGUGUGAUGUGUUGCCACGGUUACUGUGGUACAGCCUCCAGUACUGCAUACCACGAUGACACCAGAAACAAAAAAUAAUCUCUUAAAGAGACAGUUAGGCCAAAAAUGAAAAUUCUGUAAUGAUUGAUUCACCCUCAUGUGGUUCAAAACCCGUAUAUGACUCUUUAAGUGGAACACAAAAAAAGAUGUUUUGAGAAAUGUCUGCGGUUUUGUGUUCAAACAAUGGAAGUCAACGAGGGUCAAUGUUGUUCGGGGACCAACGUUCUUCAAAAUAUCUUCUUUUUUGUUCUUCGGAAGAAAAAAGUCAUACAGGUUUAGAAUGAGUAUUUUUAUUUAUAAUUUGUUCUUAAAUUGUCCACGUUCUCUAGUUCUGGACGUUAUUGCUUACAGUAUGCACGUGUUAACAUUGAGAACAGCGAAUAUAAUUUCACUUUCCAAACCACGGCGAGGGUGUCUAGGGGAAUUUAACUACUGCCGUGAUUGUAUAUGCAAGAGCUAGGGGGAGUUUCCACAGCGGGUAGGUCUCCACUGUGGGCUGGGGGAAAUCUUUACAGUGCAGAGGAAGCGAGAUGGAUACGUCCGUAUGUCCUCAUGCUAACCUCACUGUUGUGAUGCACUUGAUAUGUCAGCAUGCUCAUUUGAGUCGCUGAUAACAUUGUGUUUGUUGUACAGUCAAAUCUGUCAAUUAACAUUUUAACGACGCUUCACAUUAUAACAGACAGCCAUUACAGAAUAAUGAAAGGACCAGAACUGGUUGACUCGAGGAGUCGUUUUCGAUUUAUGGAAUCGUGUGUUGGACUGAUGGGGAGUUUGUGUAUCAACUAUGCCAUCUGGACCCCUCGGUGGCUGGAUAGCAGGGGUCUGUGGUUCUCGGGGAAUGAGACGAGCUCGGAUGAUAACUGGACGACUGAAGACAUGGCUAAAGCUCUGGAAGCUGAGAAGGUCUUUGCAAUAGUGGCAUUUCUCAUGUCAGUGAGUUCUGGAGUGUUGUGCCUCAUGUUCGCCCUCUGCUGGACGUCUCAGACUGUGCGUUCUUACUCCAACACCCGCUCGCUGCUGAUGGUGGGCCAGGCAGUUGACCCCACCACCCUGCUGCUUUUCACACUAGUACCUACAGGGUUUUUCUUUUUUCUUACCUGGACUCUUUUCACCCAUCAACAUAUCGGUGUUAUCCGGGACGACAUCACUCGACUCGGACCAUCCUAUUGGCUGGGAGUCGUGGGCUGGGUUUUGCUAUUGGCUGUGCUGCCUGUGAUCUUCCUGGUGGAGAAGUUGGUGGUUCCGGACAUUUUGCCAGACCUCAUAAAGUCUGCAGAUAUAUGGUGGAGGGCCCCGGAGGUCGCGUACGCAAGAUCUUUAAGUGAAGGUUCUCAUCAUUCAAAUCACAAGUAUCAUGGUUACAGAAGGUAUAUGUCGGUGCCCUAAAAGAGGGGGAGAUGAAGAGUUUGUGAUGAGUCAAAUACUGCACCUUUAUGUGCUAUCUGAGAGCGAGCCCCAAAGCAACAGGGUUGUGUUAAACUUCUCUACUGGCUUUGAUACUGUUGCCACUGUUUGACGCUGAGUGAGGACAUCUGAAAAAGUGGUUGUGUCAGAUUGCGUCAGAUUACGGACUAUCAGCAGAAAGGUUGUUCCAGUUGCAAACGGACUCUUAAAAUGUUUUCAAUCCUGAUUUAAAGUCACAUUGCACGUUGUACCUCUAGCAAUUCAUAUAUUAAGUACUUAAUAAUCCCAGGUGCUAAUACUGGAUUUAACACUAUGGGUUGUUUUCCCAUACAGGGUUAAAGACUAGUUUUACACAAAAAUAAAAUGCUAGAGAUGUCUACACUGAAAACAGCUUGCACUAACAUACAUUUACAUACGUAACAAUUACAUCAGUGCCUUUGUUUUCUCUCACAAUCCACACAAGUAAUGUUUUUUUGUAAAACAAGUUUGUAAAAGCUACUUAAAUAUCCUAAUUUAACAAAGGCCAGUCCUGGUUUAAUCGAAUCCCUGUCUGGAGAUCGUUCCUACAUGUUAAGUGUUGCAGUCUUUUCAGUGAUAAUGCUACAUUUUUCCUAUCAAACAGCGCCCUCUGCUGGUAGUGAUAUAAAGAGCAUCCUGUCUUCUCUACUGUCUUUGAAUCUGCUGUUAAAACCUGAACAUGAUUUCAAUUGUAUAAAUUUGCAUAAUUAUGAAAUGUUUUUGGUUUAUGUUUUUACGAUAACACAAAAUGUCAAUAAAUAAAAGAAAUAGAAAGUUGA